GCUUCCGCUUUUGCAUGUGCAGACGAAAAAUUCGCCAUCAAGAGUGCGCCAUUCUUGUUUGUUUAGUGUAAACUCAUCAAACAACUUCCUUAAAAUUAGUGAAAUGGUGAAAGAAAUUUUGGUCGAAGGGUACGAGGAGUAUGUGAAAGCAGCCGCGGAAAAUAAGGGUAAACAGGUGUUUGCUUUAUUUAGCGGCUCGAAAGACGCUAAUGGCGAAAGUUGGUGCCCUGACUGCUUAACAGCUGAUCCUGUGAUCAAAGACAAUCUGAAAUAUGCUCCAGCAGAUGCCAUAUUAAUACACUGUGGUGUAGGAAAGAGGGAAUUCUGGAAAGACAAGGAGAAUGUCUUCAGGAAAGAUCCCAAACUUCUUUUGAAAUGUGUGCCAACUCUUCUUAAACUUGGGACACCACAAAGACUAGAGGAAGCCCAGUGUGCAGAUGAAAACUUGGUGCAGAUGUUCUUUGAGGAGGACUGAGGAGUCUCUUUCCUUGUCAUUUGGAAACCCAUUACCUAGUCCGACUUUAAUAUUCAAGAGAUGUCCAAAAUUCCAAGAUGGCACUCAAAGGGGAGCAAUUACUGAUAUUUUUUUACACAUUUCAUGCAGUGAUUCUCUCCCUUUUGCUCCAGCCAACUUGAUGGUCCCCAUUUAAUUACGCCAACUUUUACCCAGACAACCAAGUCAUAUAUCAUUUAUCAUUUUAUUUUCUGACUUUUUAAUCAAAUCUUUACUGUCUAUGACCAAUAUGUUUAGAACAAUUAUGCUGCAUAGCCAAGUAAAGCAAACUGGAAGGGUAUUUCACAGGGGUUGAUUUAUAUCACAGAAAAGAGAAUUUCAAAGGCAAGUCUGCAAGGAACUUUACCUAAAAUGUAAGCAUUGGAAGGAAGAAAUUCAAGUAUGUCCAAGCCAUUGUGCUGAUGUUUGAUUUCCAUAAUAAAAUAAAGAUUAAACAUAACAGUUAUUAUCUUCGUCAAAUUGCACGUUUGCUAGCUUGCCUACUUGCUUAAUUCAUUGAUUGUUUUUCUUUGUAUGGCUGGUUAAUUAUAAAUUCUAAUCUCAAGGGAUAUUGCUUUUAGAAUUGUAAAGACGAACUAAACAUUCUAGGUGUGAACUAUUUAAGGAAACGUAUUGAUCUACUGAUCCAGUAGUCUGUUAUUGGUUAUUGAUGCUUUUUUAUUUUUAAAAAUUCCCGUAAGUGAUGCGUAUAUUUCUACUGUAUCUACCAAAGAAAAAGUUCUGGAAGAAAGAUUAAAUUCAGUACAAGAAAGGUGGCUGUACAUAAUAAACCUACUUAUACAAUUCUUUUUGUAGUAAUACUUGAUAAAUGAAAAAUUGAUGGACAAAGGUUGUGUUGACUAUUAUUUCUAUGCAGUCAGCUCAGUUCUCAGGAUUAAAGAGCUUAGCAAUAUUUUGUUGAUGUUAUUUGAAGUUGUAUAAAAAAAUGUUGCUGCCAAAACAUUGUACUUUUUAACAGCUGUUUUACAGACCAUAAUAACUGACCUAUGUCGUAGUUUUAGUUUGUGCAAGGAAAGACAACAGUCUGUUUACAUGCAUCUCUUCACCAGAAAUUAUUCUCAAGGCUUGGAUGUAUAAACAGUUUGGGGCUACAUGGAUACAGCUAUGGAAUGAAAACAAGGCUUGGAAGAAUGUAAAAUCUUUAUCUAUGUCAAUUGGCAAAAUAAAAACUUGCAAAAAAAUCAA